UUGAGGUGGCAUUGAGGAGAAAGAGAAGACUAGGGGAAAAAUUGUAUAAGGCAAAGGGGUCGAGCUUGAUAGUGAUGACGUUAUUGAAGCCGUGGAUUGCACAGCUGAUGUCAGUGGCUCUGAAUGGUGUUUGUUACAGGACAAGGCCCAGGCUCUUGACCAGGCCUGGAUUCAUCUCUUGUCUACAGAAUAUGAUGGCAAGUCACCUUGUAAAACCUGAUACUGGUAACUGUAAGAGACCAAGAGAGUUGGAGCCUCAAAUGCCAGAUAGUCUGCCACUGCCCUCUCUUGGAAAAUCAGAUUCCUCUUUCUCUGAAAGCUCUGGACUAUUUUAUAAAGACGAAGCCCUGGAGAAAGAUUUGAAUGAUAUGAGCAAGGAAAUUAAUCUGAUGUUGUCUACAUAUGCAAAGAUCUUAAGUGAGAGAGCAGCAGUAGAUGCAUCUUAUAUUGAUGAGAUAGAUGGACUCUUCAAAGAAGCCAAUACUAUUGAAAACUUUCUGAUACAAAAAAGAGAGCUUCUGAAACAGAGAUUUACAGUGAUUGCAAACACAUUGCACAGAUAAAAUUGUGUACUUAAAAUAAGCUGAGACUUUAAACCCAUUAUUGUUGUAAUGAAAGAAUGACAUAUAUGCUCUAAAAGUUGUUAAAGAAAAUGUGUACCUUAAACAUAGAAGGGGAAACUCCCUGAAUUUCUUUUCUAGAUUUGAAGGGGGCUUUAAACUGGACAUCGAUAUGGAAUAUGUAGGUUUUCUUUGGAGGAUCAAAUAUUUGGUGUAUUUUAUAAAAGUGUAAAUUAUUUAAAUUAUAUAUGGAUUCUUUUUUUUUUCUUAAAUGCUCUUGCCUUCAACUUCUAAAAGAGGACUCAGUGAGUUAAUUUGAUAAUGUUUAACAAUAUUAUACAUUAAAAUACUUUGUUUAAAUAGCAGAUGGCUUUGGAGAUAGUUUUGAAAUGUUUUUCAUGGUCAGUAUUAUAAAAAAUUACAACCUAAA